GUUUAAGGUACGUCCUACUCAGAGAGUCCCAUGGGUGUGUGUUUCAGAGAGCAGCUGGGAGCGUUCCUGAGCGACAUGGCACGGAAAAGAAGCACCAGGCGCACCUGUCUGCUCAUCUGUCUCACUAUGGCCCUGCUCUUCCUGCUGGGGAUCCUUGUGGGAUGGCUGAUAAAACCUUCGGAGGAAAGGAUAGCCCCGCCCACGCAGAACAUAAGGAAGGAACUUGUGUCAGAAAUGAAAGCAGAAAACAUAAAACAGUUCCUUCGAGACUUCACAAAGAUUCCUCAUCUGGCUGGAACAGAACAGAAUUUAGAGCUUGCAAAGCGAAUUCAGAAGCAAUGGAUGGAUUUUGGGUUAGAUUCUGCAAAGCUGGUUCAUUAUGACGUCUUGCUCUCGUACCCCAAUAGCAGUAAUCCCAAUUAUAUCUCCAUCAUUGAUGGACAUGGAAACGAGAUUUAUAACACUUCUUUGUUUGAGCCUCCUCCGACGGGCUAUGAAAAUUUCACAGACAUAGUCCCUCCGUAUAAUGCCUUCUCUGCUCAAGGAGACCCAGAGGGUGAUCUUGUCUAUGUAAACUAUGGCCGUACAGAAGAUUUUUUCCAUUUGGAAAGAAAUAUGGGGAUUAACUGUACUGGGAAAAUUGUUAUUGCUCGAUACGGUAAAAUCUUUCGAGGAAACAAGGUUAAGAAUGCAAUGUUAUCGGGGGCAAAGGGAAUCAUCCUUUACUCUGAUCCAGCAGAUUACUGCGCUCCUGGAGUAGAACCAUACCCACAUGGUUGGAAUCUCCCAAGCGGUGGAGUCCAACGAGGGAAUGUCCUCAAUCUGAAUGGUGCCGGAGACCCGCUGACGCCUGGCUAUCCAGCAAAAGAGUUCACAUACAGAUAUGAAGCUGAUGAAGGAGUGGGACUUCCCAGCAUUCCUGUUCAUCCUAUUGGAUACCGUGAUGCAGAGGAAAUACUCAGGCUAAUGGGCGGAGCCCCACCGCCAAGCGCUUGGAAAGGAAACCUCGAUGUUCCUUACAACAUUGGGCCAGGAUUCCUCAAAAACAUUUCUACAGGAAAGGUCAGGAUGCAUGUCCACAGCAACAAUGAAGUUACAAGGAUUUACGAUGUCAUCGGCACCAUCCGGGGAGCUGUGGAGCCAGACCGGUACAUAAUCUUGGGUGGCCAUCGAGACUCUUGGGUCUUUGGCGGGAUAGAUCCAACGACCGGAGCAGCCGUCCUGCAAGAAAUCGCCAGGAGCUUUGGCAAAAAAGUGCGAGAAGGUUGGCGGCCCAGAAGGACUAUUAUAUUUGCAAGCUGGGAUGCCGAAGAGUUUGGACUGCUGGGAUCUACAGAAUGGGCCGAGGAAAAUGCCAAAAUUCUGAAUGAGCGCGCUGUGGCGUAUAUCAAUUCCGACUCGGCUAUAGAAGGAAACUACACCCUGAGAGUGGAUUGUACCCCCCUGAUGUACAGACUGGUCUAUAACCUGACGAAAGAGAUCGCCAGCCCAGACCAAGGCUUUGAGGGAGAGUCGUUAUAUGAAAGCUGGAGGCAAAAAGAUCCUUCCAUUGAGAAUAAAGAGAUUCCCAGAAUCAAUAAACUUGGAUCGGGAAGUGACUUUGAGGCUUAUUUCCAGCGCCUGGGCAUUGCCUCUGCAAGAGCUCGCUACACCAAGAACCGGAAGACGGACAAGUACAGUAACUACCCGGUCUAUCACACCGUGUAUGAAACAUUCGAGUUGGUGGAACGUUACUAUGACCCCAGUUUCAAGAAACAGCUGUCGGUGGCCCAGGUGAGAGGAAGUCUGGUCUAUGAACUCGCCAACGCCCCCGUCAUCCCAUUCAACGUGCAGGACUACGGAGAAGCGCUGAAAAGUUACGCCACCAGUAUCUACAGCCUGGCCAAGAGGAACAGGUCCCAAAUGGAAACAUACGGAGUAUCAUUUGAACCUCUGUUUUCUGCCAUCCAGAACUUUACAGAAGCGUCAGACGGGCUGCACCAACGACUUGAAAAGCUUGAUCACCAUAACCCACUUGCUGUUCGCAUUAUGAACGAUCAGCUGAUGUUUGCGGAAAGAGCCUUCACGGAUCCUUUGGGAUUGCCCGGAAGACAGUUCUACAGGCACGUCAUCUUCGCCCCAAGCAGCCAUAACAAGUACGCGGGGGAAUCCUUCCCGGGGAUAUACGACGCCCUGUUCGACAUAGAGAAUAAAGCGGAUCAGUACAGGGCGUGGGAGGAAGUGAAGAGGCAAAUCUCCGUUGCCGCAUUUACGGUUCAAGCUGCCGCCGAGACACUUCAAGAAGUAGCGUAAAAAUAAAAAGGGACAGUUCCAGAGAGAGAUCUCUUUAUUUGAGAGAGAGACUGUUUAUUUGAGCCAAUCACAAAGCUUUAUUGUUCAGUAUUUUUAUAUUUAUCUGUAGAAACGGUAUUUGCGCGUACUUGCACUUUCCAUAGCAGAUAAGCGCCCUUCUGACUGCGUGUAAUAUCCCGCGGGAGCGGCCGAGUCGCCAGUUACUCGCACGUGCGUCAUUGCUGCUGUCGGAACUGCUACUUUCACAUGUAAAGAUUCUAAAAAAAGUGUUUUCUCAUGUUUUGUUUCUGCCCCAGUAUUAUACAGGUUUGGGACCCAUUAUCCACUAUCCUUGGGACCUUCCCGAUAAUGGUUUUAUUUUAUUUUUUUCCAUCUUAAUGGGAUUGUUCACCUUUGAGUUAACCAUUAGUAUGAUGUAAGAGAGUGAUAUUCUGAGACAAUUUGCAAUUGGUCUUCAUUUUUUAUUAUUUGUAGUUUGUUAGUUAUUUCACUUUUCGUUUAGCAGCUGUCCAGUUUAGAAUUUCAGCAGUUACCUGGUUGCUAGGGGCAAAAUUACCUUAGCAACCAGGGAGGGGUUUGGAUCAGAGACUGGUAUAUGAAUAGGGGAGGGACUGAAUAGAAAGAAAAGUAAUAAAAAGUAACAAUAACAAUAAAACUGUAGCCUCACAGAGCAAUAGCUUCUGGCUGCCGGGGUCAGUGACCCCCAUUUGAAAGCUGGAAAGAGUCGGAAGAAGAAGGCAAAUAAUGUAAUAUCUAUACGAAAUAAAUAAUGAAGACCAAUUGAAAAGUUGCUUAGAAUUGGCCGUUCAUGAAAAAAACAAAGACUUGAAAAGUAACUGUGACAAAACUCGUGGGACUUAUCUUCUUAUUUAAGGAAAAAAAUGAAACAUAUGGCUGCCCCGUAACGCAAAGCUAUCUGGAUAACAGGUUCCCGGAUAAGAGAUUCCAAUACCUGAAGUCAUUUUUUGUAUUGUAAUUAUUUUGUCCUAAAAUAAAUACAAUAAACAAUGUAAAAAAAAA